AGAUAGGACUCAACAAUCACAAAGAUCACAAGAUAGUGAUAUGGAUUUCUCAGCACCGGCCUUGUUCCUCUUCCUCUUCCUUUGCUUCCUCUUAUCAUGCUUCUUUGUCCUCACCUCUGACAGAUCCCGACGGAGCUCCGCCGGAACCGCCGCGCCACCGCCAGGUCCUCCGCGGUUACCGAUCAUCGGAAACAUUCUCGACCUCGGGAAAAGCCCCCACCGUUCACUCGCCGAGCUCUCCAAAACUUAUGGACCAGUAAUGAGUUUGAAGCUAGGGACUGUGACCACAGUGGUGGUGUCUUCGCCGGAGGCGGCAAAGAAUGUGCUUCAAACGCAUGACCAUGUCUUGUCUGCUCGAACCUUCAACUACUCUGUAAGAUCCUUCGGUCACCACGAUGUUUCCAUUGUCUGGCUUCCACCCACAGCUCCUUGGAGGUUAUUGAGGAAGGUGUCUGCGAAUCAGCUGUUCUCGCCGCAACGUCUUGAGGCGACAAAAUCUGUCCGAAUGGACAAGGUGAAGGAGCUGUUGAAGUUUCUGAGUGAAAGCUCCGAAAGAGGAGAAGCAGUGGACUUUGCUCGUGCUUCCUUCGUCGCUGUCCUCAACAUCGUCUCGAAUGCUCUGUUUUCCGUCGACUUCGCCAGCUACGACUCGCAAGCUUCUCAGGACUACCGCGACAUUGUGAUCCGUGUAAUGGAAGUGGCCGGGAAAAUCGAUAUUGCCAACUUUUUCCCGUUUCUAGGGUUUCUUGAUCUGCAGGGCACUGGGAAAGAGGCUAGGGAUUGCACAGGCAAGUUGUUCAAUGUCUUCCAAGGGUUUAUUGAUGCUCGGUCGAGAGAGAGAUUAUCCCGGACAGAGCCUAAAGAUGUUCCCGGCACCGAUCUUUUGGAUGCCCUUCUCGAUCUUACACGAGAUAACGAAGCAGAACUCGACAUGAAAUCUAUUUCACACCUUCUUCUGGACUUGUUUGGAGCGGGUACGGAUACGAACUCCAGUACGGUGGAAUGGGCAAUGGCCGAGUUACUCCGAAACCCUGAGAAGAUGGAAAGGGCCCAGGAGGAGAUCAGACGAAUGAUUGGAGAACACGAAAUCGUUCAAGAAUCGGACAUAGCAAAGCUUCCGUACUUGCAAGCAGUGGUGAAAGAGACUUUCCGCUUGCACCCGCCGGCCCCUCUUCUCAUCCCUCGCAAAGCAGAGUCCGACGUUCAAAUUCUCGGUUUCCUCGUGCCUAAGAACGCUCAAGUUUUGAUUAAUGUGUGGGCGAUAGGACGAGAUCCGGACGUGUGGGAGAAUCCGAUGAAGUUCGAACCGGAGAGGUUCUUAGAGCGGGAAAUCGACGUGAAAGGUAAGGAUUUCGAGUUGACGCCGUUCGGAGCGGGACGGAGGAUCUGUCCGGGAAUGCCAUUGGCUCUUAAGACGGUGCCUCUCAUGCUUGCUUCUCUUCUUCAUUCCUUCGACUGGAAGCUCCAAAACGGCGCCGUUCCGGAGGAUUUGGACAUGGAAGAGGCCUUCGGUCUCACCUUGCACAAGGCCAGGCCGCUGCGUGCCGUGCCCAUCAAGAAACGUGCCGGUCCCACUUCUUGAUCCGAUCUGUCGUAUGCUUAAAUUAGUUAUUAUCGUUCGAUGCAUAUGGAUUUGGAUUGAAUGGUACCCAAUCAUCUUUUGGGUCACGACACAAAUAAGCACGUUUCGUCCCCAUCCGUUACAGUAAGCUCUUGGACGUAUGCAGCAAUAACAAAAUCUACGCGUCUCAUUUUGAGACACACAUAUAUAUAUGGGGAAAAUGUUUUUUUUU